CUACAACAGACCCUCAAGGGUCAUAUAUGCUCAGUUAGCUCAGUGGCCUUCUCACCCAAUGGCCAGCUACUGGCGUCUGGCUCGUAUGAUAAGACAGUGCGGCUCUGGGAUCCGGCCACAGGCGCCCUACAACAGACCCUUGAGGGUCAUACAAGCUUGGUUCAAUCGGUGGCCUUCUCACCCGAUGGCCGGCUGCUGGCGUCCGGCUCGUAUGAUGGGAUAAUACAGCUCUGGGAUCCGGCCACGGGCGCCCUGCAAGAAACCUUAAGCACUCAGGGUUUCGCCACGAAGCUUGAAUUUUCACAAUAUGGCUCCCAUCUCUGCACAAACACAUGCACAUUCAUGAUUCAAUCUAGAUGUGGCAACCUUGACCUUGAGACACCUAAUAUGAGCUUAGAGAUAUCUCUACAGCAUGAAUGGAUAGCUUUAAAUGGGAAACAAGUCUUAUGGCUCCCUCCCGAGGCUAGGUAUUCUUGUUCAGCGACUAGAUUAGAUACACUUGCCUUAGGACACGCGUCAGGCUGGGUUUCCUUUAUAGGAUUCCAGAAACAAUAGAUGUCAAUUGAUUUUCG